GCUGGUGCGAGCGCGCGUGCCGCGUCCCCACGGCCCGCCGUGCGGGAGCCAUGGACUCGCAGGAGCUGAAGACUUUGAUUAAUUACUAUUGUCAAGAGAGGUAUUUUCAUCAUGUAUUACUUGUUGCCAGUGAAGGAAUGAAGAGGUAUGGCAGUGACCCAGUCUUCAGGUUUUAUUAUGCCUAUGGUACAUUAAUGGAAGGUAAAGCUCAAGAAGCUCUUCGAGAAUUUGAGGCUAUUAAAAAUAAACAAGAAGUAUCACUUUGUUCUCUAAUUGCACUGAUAUUCGCCCAUAAAAUGAGUCCUGAUCCAGAUAGGGAAGCUAUUCUGGAAUCAGAUGCCAGAGUGAAGGAACUGCGUAAAGGAGCGGGAGAGAAAGCUUUAUACCAUGCAGGCUUAUUUUUAUGGCACCUUGGACGUCAUGAUAAGGCAAAAGAAUAUAUUGACAGAAUGAUCAAGAUGUCAGAUGGUAGCAAAGAGGGACAAGUUUUGAAAGCAUGGCUGGAUAUUACAAGAGGAAAAGACUCUUCUACAAAAAAAGCACUAAGGUAUUUUGAAGAGGGAUUGCAAGAUAGAAAUGACACUUUUGCUUUGCUGGGUAAGGCACAGUGUCUUGAGAUGCGCCAGAAUUAUUCAGGUGCCCUGGAGACUCUGAACCAAAUAAUUGUGAACUUUCCAAACUUCUUUCCUGCUUUUAUAAAGAAAAUGAAAUUGCAACUAACCUUGCAGGAUUGGGACCAGACAGUUGAGACAUCUCAAAGGUUACUGCUCCAAGAUAACCAAAAUGUGGAAGCACUGAGAAUGCUGGCUCUUUACUAUUUGUGUAGGGAGGGGGAUAUAGAGAAGGCUUCCACUAAGCUGGAUAACUUAGGAAAUGCAUUGGAUGCCAUGGAACCACAGAAUGCUCAACUUUUCUAUAACAUUACACUAGCCUUCAGCAGAACUUGUGGACGUAGUCACGUGAUUCUUCAAAAAAUUCAAACAUUGCUAGAGAAAGCUUUUAAUUUAAACUCUCAGAAAUCUGAAUUUGCUACAGAACUUGGAUACCAAAUGAUUUUACAAGGAAAAGUGAAGGAGGCAUUGAAGUGGUAUAAGAUUGCCAUGACAAUUGAUGAGACUAGUAUCUCUGCACUAAUUGGAUUUAUUCGGUGUCAAUUAAUAGAAGGGCAGUUACAGGAUGCAGAUCAGCAGCUAGAAUUUCUUAGUGAAAUUCAGCAGUCCAUUGAAAAAUCUGCGGAAUUAACCUAUUUACAUGCAGUUCUUGCUAUAAAGAAAAAUAAGCGACAAGAAGAAGUUAUUAAUUUGUUAAAUAAUGUCCUGGAUACUCAUUUUUCACACGUAGAAGAUUUACCUCUUGGCAUACAGUAUUUUGAAAAGCUAAAUCCUGAUUUCUUGUUAGAGAUUAUUACAGAAUAUCUGAACUUUUGUCCAGCACAGCCAGCAAGUCCUGGGCAACCUCUUUCUCCUGUUCUUAGACGUUGUACCUCAGUCCUGGAGACUGUAGUAAGAAUUGUGCCAGGUCUUCUGCGAGCUGUCUUCCUAUUAGCAAAAGUGAAAUAUUUGUCAGGUAAUAAUGAAGCAGCUUUGAAUAAACUGAAGCAUUGUCUAGAACACAAUCCCUCCUAUGCAGAGGCUCAUCUCCUGAUGGCUCAGGUUUAUUUGUCUCAAGAAAAAUUCAAAUUGUGUUCUCAGUCUCUUGAACUUUGUCUGAGCUAUGAUUUUAAGGUGAGAGAAUAUCCUUUAUAUCAUUUGAUAAAAGCUCAGUCACAAAAGAAAAUGGGAGAGAUAGCAGAAGCAAUUAAAACUUUGCAUAUGGCAAUGAGUAUACCAGGAAUGAAGAAAAUUGGAACUUCCUCAAAAUCAAAAUCCGGAAAAACUGAAAUUGACACAGGCCAUCGUUUAUCACUUUUCCUUGAAUUGGUAGAGGUUCACCGCUUAAAUGGAGAACAGCAUGAGGCUGCAAAAGUUUUACAAGAUGCCAUCCAUGAAUUUUCUGGAACAUCUGAAGAAUUACGUGUUACUAUUGCUAAUGCAGAGUUAGCUUUGGCCCAAGGAGAUACUGAACGGGCUUUAAGCAUGUUACAAAAUGUUACAGCUGAACAGCCUUAUUUUAUAGAGGCCAAAGAAAAAAUGGCAGAUAUUUAUCUGAAGCACAGAAAAGACAAAAUGUUGUAUAUCACUUGUUACAGAGAAAUUGCUGAAAGAAAGCCUGACCCUUCAUCUUUUCUUCUCCUUGGUGAUGCAUACAUGAAUAUUCAAGAGCCUGAAGAAGCCAUCAUAGCAUACCAGCAAGCAUUAAAUCAGAACCCAAAAGAUGGAACACUGGCAAGCAAAAUCGGGAAAGCACUUGUCAAAACUCACAACUACUCAAAGGCAAUCACUUACUAUGAAGCUGCUCUCAAAAAUGGACAACAGAAUUAUCUUUGCUAUGACCUGGCUGAGCUCUUACUAAAACUGAAAUGGUAUGACAAAGCAGAAAAAGUUCUUCAACAUGCUGUAGCUCAUGAGCCUGUAAAUGAACUGUCAGCUCUCAUGGAGGAUGCACGUUCUCAAGUUCUUCUAGCGAAAGUUUAUAGUAAAAUGGGAGGACUUGGUGAUGCACUCACUUCAUUACAUGAGGCUCGAGAAUUACAAGCUCGGGUACUAAAACGUGUUCAGAUGGAACAGCCAGAUGCAGUUUCUACACAGAAACAUUUAGCAGCAGAAAUUUGUGCAGAGAUUGCAAAACAUUCUGUUGCUCAGCGAGACUAUGAAAAAGCAAUUAAGUUUUAUAGAGAGGCUCUAGCUCAUUGUGUAACAGAUAAUAAGAUCUUGUUGGAAUUGGCACGGUUAUACCUGGCACAGGAUGAGCCGGACGCCUGCCUGCGGCACUGUGCACUACUGCUCCAAACUGACCAGGAUAAUGAAGCUGCCACCACAAUGAUGGCUGAUGUCAUGUUCAGAAAACAGGACUAUGAACAAGCAGUGUUUCAUUUACAACAACUUUUAGAACGCAAACCAGAUAAUUAUAUGACAUUAUCUCGUUUGAUUGAUCUCCUAAGAAGAUGCGGAAAACUUGAGGAUGUCCCAAGAUUUUUCUUAAUGGCUGAGAAACGUAACUCCAGAGCAAAAUUGGAGCCGGGAUUUCUGUACUGUAAAGGACUAUAUCUUUGGUAUACUGGAGAACCAAAUGAUGCCCUUCGACAUUUUAAUAAAGCUCGGAAAGAUAGUGACUGGGGCCAAAAUGCCCUUUAUAAUAUGAUAGAAAUCUGUUUGAAUCCAGAUAAUGAAACUAUUGGAGGUGAAGUAUUUGAAAACCUGGAUGGAGACCUAGGUAAUUCAUCUGAGAAGCAGGAGUCUGUACAAUUAGCAGUGAGAACAGCAGAAAAACUUCUUAAGGAACUAAAACCUCAGACCGUUCAGGGUCACUUACAGCUUCGUAUAAUGGAAAACUAUUGCCUAAUGGCUACCAAACAGAAAUCUAAUGUUGAGCAAGCAUUAAAUACCUUCACCGCAAUAGCAUCAUCUGAGAAGGAUCAUAUCCCAGCACUCUUGGGAAUGGCAACAGCCUAUAUGAUCUUGAAACAGACUCCAAAAGCCAGAAACCAGCUGAAGCGGAUUUCAAAAAUGAAUUGGAAUGCUAUUGAUGCUGAAGAGUUUGAGAAGAGUUGGCUACUACUUGCUGAUAUUUAUAUUCAAUCAGCAAAAUACGACAUGGCAGAAGAACUAUUGAAACAGUGCCUGCGUCAUAAUAGAUCUUGCUGCAAAGCUUAUGAGUAUAUGGGAUAUAUUAUGGAAAAAGAACAAGCAUACACAGAUGCUGCCUUCAACUAUGAGAUGGCGUGGAAACAUAGCAAUCAAACAAACCCAGUAGUGGGAUACAAACUGGCAUUUAAUUACUUAAAAGCAAAAAGAUAUGUGGAUUCAGUUGACAUAUGUCACCAGGUUCUUGAAGCACAUCCAAAUUAUCCAAAAAUCAGAAAGGAAAUACUUGACAAGGCCCGCACAUGUUUAAGACCGUGAAAAUAAUCAUUUUAACUUAGGUUGUUGGUUUUCCGGGAAAUGAAAGAAAUCUAACUUUGAGUUCCAGUUCAAAAUAGGUUUGAGCUUGAUGCUUUGUUAUAGAAGCACACCUUGUUCUCUCCAGCAGAGGCUGCUGCUGUACAUAAGAAGAUUAUGUCAGGUCGGUGCUGGUACUUUCUAACAGAGAAGUGACAUGAGAGCUAGUCUUUUGAUUAUGUAGAGAUUAGGUGGCUCUGCAAUAAAGACUACAACCCAUUUCCAUAAAUAAUAUUUUGUUAAAAUUUAGGUAAUUAAAUAUGUUGUAUCUUUUCUAAGGAAUAUUAGCUGUUUAUUUCAGGAUGUAUAAAAUGCAUUGUUCUCUGUUAAAAUUUUUUGUUGUAUUCCAUGGUGUUUCAAAGAAAGGAGUAAAUCUCCAUGUGAAUAAUUUAUGGAAAAGACAAAAUAUGUAUCUUAAGUGCAUAUUUUAAUAAAUAUUUCAUAAAUA